CAUCCAUCAACUUCCUCUUCAACUCAAUUCAAUUUCUCUCCUCUCUUCAUCACCAGAAUCACAUCUCCAACCAUGGCAGCCUCCCAGCCCUCCCUCAUCCCCUCCGACGAAAUCGAUCGCGUCUUCGCACACACCACCAACCUCGCCUCCUCGGCUCUCAAUAGCAGAAUUGUCGCCCGCUCCAACGAUUACUUCGCUGCUGCAGAGAACCUCCUUACUCCCACUGCUCCAAUUCACCGUCCCGGAGUCUUCGUCCACACCGGCGCCUGGUAUGACGGGUGGGAGACGAGACGGCACAACCCCAAUCCCUACGACUGGGUCGUGAUCAAACUGGGCGUGGCCAGCGGCACCAUCCAAGGCGUCGAGGUCGAUACGGCUUAUUUCGUGGGCAACUACGGCGAGAAGGCCGAGCUGCAGGCGACCUUCGCCCCCGCCCUCACGGACGAGGAGAUUGGAGAUCCCAACUACCCCGACUGGAAGACGAUCCUUCCGGCUCAACCAUGCGGUCCCUCGCAAAGACGUGCAUGGAAGCUGAACGACUAUGAUCCUGCAAAUCCCACCCCUUACACCCAUGUGAGGUUGCUGAUGUACCCCGAUGGUGGAUUUGCCCGCUUGCGGCUGUACGGACAGGCUAUCCCGCCGGCUCUCCCACCGCAAGGCGGCCCAGAUGGCAACAAGGGCCUUCUACCGCUCGUGGAAGAGGAACUGUCAUCUGCGUUGCUAGGUGGGCUGGCCCUGGGUGCAUCGGACCAGCACUACACUCCAUGCUCGAACCUGCUUCUUCCAGGACGAGGCAAGGAUAUGGGUGACGGCUGGGAGACUGCACGCUCGCGUGCCCCAAACCACGUCGACUGGGCCAUUAUCAAACUGGGCCUGCCUGGAUCCAUCAGCAAGGUGGUUGUCGAUACGAAAGAUUUCCGCGGCAACUUCCCGCGAGCUGUGCGGGUGCAUGGAUUGCUGGCGAGCACCAAGGCGGAGAAUCCGGGACACGAUCACCCUGGAUGGGUGGAGAUUGUGAAGGGUGACAAGCCCUGCACGGCUGAUACGGAGCAUGUCUUUGAGGGGGCUGAUUUGGUUGCUGGUCAUGAGGAUACGCAUGUCUUCUCGCAUGUUAAGCUGACUCUUGUGCCUGAUGGAGGAGUGAAGCGGUUCCGGAUCUUCGGUAGGAGGGUCGUUGGCUGAGGGUAUGGAUCACUGUUGAAAAGGGAAAGCAAGGAAGGAAAAGUAUUAUUGAAUACUAUACAUAUAUGCUGUGUUAUUACAAAAUGAUACUGUUUGAAGUAUGUCGAGGUAAAUUAGGAUUGUUCCAUUUCUCCGAUAUUGGCAUAGAACUUCAACCAUCUGCACGUUCUACUCGGUUCAUUGCACAUACCAGAAAUA